GCUCACGCGAAAAAGGUGACACCCAUUUACGGCUUCAAAAUAGAUGGGGCGCAGAUUGCAAUAUAAUGAUUUUUUUCUACAAGUGUUUAAUUCAUAACCUGACUGGGGACGCAUCUGAGUCAUUUGUAAUGCCCGACGCGUGUACUGUGUUUACAGUCUAAGUCUUUACGAAGAGGAAAUAUGGUAAAAAACACAAUGGAGAAAGUGGCCUUCGCCUUGUUUUUGUUCCAACAUCUGAACAAAACCAGACUGAGAAGUUUAGCCAGACUGCGAAAGCGGAGGCGGUUCUUGGAGCUGCUUCAUGCCAACCAGGCAAACCCCUCAGUUUCCUAUGCCAAGCUGAACCGGAACGUUCCGGUUCUGCAGGUGUAUUUCGACCCGGAGCAAGAUCUCUGGAUGCAUUACAGACUGAGGCGGCGAAGCAUGAAUGAGCUGAUGCAAGUCACUCAUCAGGAAAAGGACCAUGGCUGGGCCCACCAUCUGGAGGUGCUGGUGUUCGCAUACUGGCUGGCUCACGGCCUGUCGUACAGGGCGACGGCGCAGACCUUCAGCGUGCCCAAGAGCACGGUCUACCGCAUAGUGCACAAAAUGGCCCAGCAAAUCAAGAAGAACCUUCACAAAGUGGUGUCACUGCCCAGCCCGGAGGAGCUAGACGCCAUCGCCGGCAGAUUCGCACACGUGGGCCGUCACUCGGCUUUUGGAAAAGCCGUCGGUGCCAUCGACGGCUGCCACUUCCGGAUAAAGCCUCCGAAACAAAACGAGGCCUAUUACUUUAACCACAUGCAGUUCCACUCCGUUCAAAUGCAGGCGAUAUGUGAUUCCCAAGGCAAAUUUCUGGACAUUUUCGUUGGCUACCCUGGGUCUGUGCAUGUCUCUACCGUGCUGCGAAAUAGCCCCGUUUACCAAAAUGCUAGCUACCCGCCCCCAGAGUACUUUAUUCUAGGUGAAGAGGAAUACCCAUGUUUGGUAACACCGAUAUGCCUGAUCACGCCGUACAAAAUGGCCUCCGAGGUGAGGGCUGAGCAAAAGUUCAACGAGAGUCACUCCCUGGCGCACUCCGGUGUUCUGCAGGCCUUCGGCAUGAUGAGAGCCCGCUGGAGGUUAACGUUUUCCAAGCCGCUGGAAGUGAGCACCGCCUUUUGCUCAGAUGUCAUCACAGCGUGUGCCUUCUUGCACAACGUCUGCCUGAUGAAUGGGGACUUUCUGAGGCCGGAGCACGACUGUGAAAGAGCCAGGAACUUGGUACCGCCUCCUGAAAAGCUUCAGGCCCACGAGAGGAGCGGGUCACACAUAAGGGACCGUCUGGCAGCAGAUGUGCAUGCUCCGCUUCCUCUUCCUGUUCACUUGCAGGAUCAUGAUUACUGUUAACCAAAAUGUCGACGUUUUUCCAGAAAUUAUUCUGGUUCAAGACUGAAAGGCAGUUGCUUUGGAAAUAUUUCGGAAAAUGAGUAAAUGAAAAGUGUCAAAAAAUGUGAUUAAAUUGUUCUGCCUAAA